UUACUGUAGUGGCUGUGUGCCCUCUGUGUGUCUCCAGGAGCAGGGGUUCCCCAGCAGCUCCAGGCUAUCCAGGUUUACCCCAAUACCCAGUCCACCUCCAACAGCGACAGCAGUCCUGACAUCUCCCACACAUCCACAAACUCCACUGCAACAGUGAGUCUCCCAGCAACCAUCGUCACCUCGUCAGUGCCAACAUCUGUCGCAGGUCACAUGAUGUACCCCAGCCCCCACACAGUGAUGUACGCCUCCACGCCAGGGCUGGCUGACGGGGGGCUGGCCGUGCUCAACGCCUUCUCCCAGGGCACCUCGGCCAUGCAGGUGUCCCAUGCACAGGCCCAAGACACAGGUGCUGUCCCUCAGGUGUUCCUCACAGCACCUCCAGGCACGGUGCAGAUCCCCGUAUCAGCGGUGCAGCUACACCCAAUGGUGAUUGGCCAGCAGUCGAGCGGCAGCAGCAGUAACCUGACGGAGCUCCAGGUGGUCAACCUUGACGCAGCACAGAACUCAAAGAGCGACUGACAGACGGCUGGAGCUGUUCAAGACGGCAGAACCAGGGACACACAGACAGACGGACUUUCUGACAUCUCUAUUUAUUGAUGCCUUCCUACAGAGUUUCACAUUACACUUCUGAAUGUGACUUUAAAGUACAUACAGUAUAUAAACACACAAUCAAGGGCAUAUGUGUGGCUGACCCUUAUACAGUAUGUUUUGGUAUAUAAAUAUAUAUAUAUAUUCGCAAAUGCAUAGGAAAUAUAUCACAACAUCCAUCAUCGGAAGCUAUUUUCUAUGCCGUUAGAUGGUGUUAUUAUUUUUUGUGUGUGAGUGUGUUUUUUUUGAAAAUGUGUAAUUACAUGUACACACACACUGCGAGGUGCCACAGCUUCACACCAGCCAAAGAGACAUUUGUUUGUCUGAAUGUUCCAGUGUGAGCAACUUGUGCACAAGCGUGUGUGUCUGUGUGUGCGCGCAUAUCUGGGGUUUGUAAAUUGGCGGGGUGACGCUUAUUGACUUAAAAAAAGAGAGACAUUUGGAAAUGUACAUAGUUCUUUUUUUUUUUUAAUUGAUAACUUGUAUUUUUAGCCUGGUUUAGUUUGUGCGACGGCAUGUAGUUGUUUUUUACGUAGUGGUUUUGUAUGUACAUGAAAAUGAUUUGCUUAAAGAAAAUGAAUUA